AUGGCUGUCCUGGACGAAAAGCAUAGCGGCUCAGGUCGCAACUCGACCGAUGUUCACGAUACCGAAGUCGCGAUUGGUGCCGAGCAGGUCGUUUGCCCGGCGCACACGACUGAGCGCCGGUUGAUGACAAAGGUCGACAUGCGAGUGGUGCCGUUCCUCUGCAUCAUGUACCUGCUUGCGUUUCUGGACCGCGUCAACAUUGCGAAUGCAAAGCUGUUUGGCCUGGCCAAGGACCUGGACCUCGGGACCGGCGACAAGUACAACACGGCGCUGGUCAUCUUCUUCGUUCCCUACUGCAUCUUCGAGGUGCCGUCCAACAUCCUGCUCAAGAAGUUCAAGCCCCAUGUCUGGCUCUCUCUCAACAUGUUCCUCUUUGGCUUCACCACCAUGAUGCAAGGCCUCGUCAAGAACUACAGCGGCCUGCUUGCUACGCGCUUCUUCCUCGGCCUCUUUGAGACGGGCAUGUUCCCAGGAGCCUUCUAUCUCAUCGGCAUGUGGUAUAAGCGGUCCGAAGCUCAGCGACGCUACUCCUUCUUCUUCAACAGCACGACGCUCGCCGGCGCCUUUGGUGGCCUUCUGGCCGCCGCCAUCGGCAAGAUGGACGGCAUGCGGGGCUACAGCGGCUGGCGCUGGAUCUUCCUGAUCGAAGGCGGCCUCACGGUUUUUGUCAGCUUCUUCUUUUUCUUCCUGCUGCCUGACUUCCCCGAGGAAGCAAAGUGGCUGAAGGAGGACGAGCGUGCAUAUGUUGCGGCACGACUCCGCGUCGACCAGGGCACCGGCUCGGGCGCUGCGCGAUCCAUGACGGUCAAGGACGCGUUGAACGUCUUCAAGGACUGGAAAAUCAUUGCCGGCGGCUUCAUGUACUUUGGCCUCAUCGUGCCGGCGUACGGCUACGCGUACUUUGCUCCCACGAUCAUCUCGACCUUCCACUACGGCCCCAUCGAGACCCAGCUGCGCAGCGUCCCACCGUGGGCCGCCGCAUUCGGCUUCUCGCUGCUCAUUGCGACCUUGUCGGACCGGCUGCGACAUCGGUUUGCGUUUGCCAUUGCCAGCAUGCUGAUUGCCAUUGCCGGCUUCGCUAUUCUGCUAGCUGAGCACAGCAACAGCGACGUGCAGUACGGCGCGCUGUUCCUCAUCACGUCCGGCGCCUACACGGCCAUGCCCAUUAUUGUGUGCUGGUUCAACAUGAACCUCGGAAACCACACCCGCCGCGCCGUUGGCAGCGCGUGGCAGGUCGGCUACGGCAACCUGGGCGGCAUCAUUGCCGUCUUCAUCUUCUUGACCAAGGACGCGCCCAAGUUCACGACGGGCUACAGCGUGUGCCUGGGCUUUACCGUUUUGUCCAUGGUGGCGUCAGCCCUCUACGGAUUCGGAUGCAUGAUGGCGAAUAAGCAGCGAGACAGCAUGACGGACGUGCCCGAGCUGACGGAGGAUGAAAAGACGGCCCUGGGCGACUUGUCCCCCGAUUAUCGGUAUCUGCUGUAG